AUGCGUCUCCGUAUCCCCCACCCCGUACAAACGUGGUUCACUUCCAUCGGGGGAACCUCGAAACGCAACCCUCUUCUGCACCGCAGCGAUCAUACAACUGCUGAGGCGUCAGCACCGGAUCAGUCCAACCCCGCGGUCCUGGAGGCUAUCCAGGAUCUUUGUUAUGAAAUCUUCGCUAUCCCCGUCGCUACUGCGGAAGCUGUGCAUAUAGCACAGGCAGUUUGCGGACACAUUUAUGAAUUCGCUCAAAGUUCACAGCCUCCUCUUCAACAACUGGCAAUGGAGCUGCUUCCUACCCUGGUUCAUGUGUACCUCGUCAUGUUGGGUAAGUUUUGGUGCCUUAAGCAUCCCUCAAGGCAACCGCCUGAGUCGACGUUGCUUGUACCGUCCUUACUAGCUUUUAAGACCUUUACGUAG